GUGUGUUUACAUUGACGUAUCAGCCGUCAACCAAGAGGGUCACCUUCCGAUUCAUUAUCAUUAUGUUCCAUGGGAUAUCAGUCACAGGAGGAGUCGGAGGAGCUCCAGCCAACAAACCUGAGUUAUAUGAGGAGGUGAAAUUAUACAAAAAUGCACGGGAACGAGAAAAGUAUGAUAACAUGGCUGAGUUGUUUGCUGUGGUAAAGACUCUGCAGGCCUUAGAGAAGGCGUAUAUCAAAGACUGUGUAACGCCCAAUGAGUACACUGCGUCCUGUUCCAGGCUCUUGGUCCAGUAUAAGGCUGCUUUCAAACAGGUGCAGGGUUCCGAUGUGGGCUCCAUCGAUGACUUUUGCCGGAAGUACAGACUGGACUGCCCGCUAGCAAUGGAAAGAAUUAAGGAGGAUCGACCGAUCACCAUCAAGGAUGACAAGGGCAACUUGAACCGCUGCAUUGCGGAUAUAGUUUCUCUCUUCAUCACCGUCAUGGACAAGUUGAGACUGGAAAUCAGGGCCAUGGAUGAGAUCCAACCAGACCUGAGAGAGCUGAUGGAAACUAUGAACAGAAUGAGCAACAUGCCUCCAGACUCCGAGGCCAAGGACAAAGUCAGCCUCUGGUUGACCACCCUCAGCAGCAUGUCAGCCUCAGACGAGCUGGAUGACAAUCAGGUACGCCAGAUGCUGUUCGAUCUCGAGUCGGCCUACAACGCCUUCAACCGCUUCCUCCACUCCUCUUAAAGCAUCUGACAGUCACAGAUCCAUCUGUCUGGAAUAUCUGAAAUAUCAAGAGAAGAAAUGUGCAACUUUCUCCUGA